AUGGGGUGCAUGCAAAGCCAUGGCGACCGGGACGCGAAGAAGGUGUCGAAGAAGAUCGACCAGAAGCUCAAGGAUGAUCAUGAAAAAGCGAUGCGGGAAGUCAAACUGCUCCUUCUCGGAGCCGGUGAGUCCGGAAAAUCCACCAUCGUCAAACAGAUGAAAAUCAUCCACGAGAACGGCUACUCGGCCGAGGACUGCCAGCAAUAUCGAGCCGUCGUCUACUCAAACACCUUACAAUCCAUGAUCGCAAUCGUGAAGGCCAUGGGCGCAUUGAAAAUCUCAUUUUCAGACGCCUCCCGAGCGGAUGAUGCGAGACAACUCUUCGCGCUCGCUGCUACACUCGAGGACGGGGAAAUGACCCGCGAACUUGGCGAUUGCAUGAAGAAGCUGUGGGAAGACAAGGGCGUCCAGACGUGCUUCUCGCGCUCCAGAGAGUACCAACUCAACGACUCCGCUCAAUACUUCCUGGAAAACCUGAAUCGAUUGACGCAGCCCGACUACGUGCCCAAUCAAGCUGAUGUCCUCCGAACACGAGUUAAAACCACAGGAAUCGUCGAGUUCUACUUUACGCACAAAGACUUGAGUUUCAAGAUGUACGAUGUAGGCGGACAGCGAUCGGAGAGAAAGAAGUGGAUCCACUGUUUUGAAGGCGUCACGGCGAUAAUUUUCUGCGUCGCGCUCUCUGCUUACGAUCUCGUUUUGGCGGAAGACGAGGAAAUGAAUCGAAUGCACGAGUCGAUGAAGCUCUUCGAGUCGAUCUGUAAUAACAAGUGGUUUGUCGAGACGUCCAUCAUUCUCUUCCUCAACAAGAAGGAUCUCUUCGAGAGGAAAAUUACCUCCUCGCCUCUCACCAUUUGCUUCCCAGACUACAAAGGCGCUGACACGUAUGAAGACGCCGCGCCCUACAUCCAGGUUCAGUUCGAAAACUUGAACAAACGCAAAGACUCGAAGGAAAUCUACACCCAUUUCACGUGUGCUACCGACACUUCAAACAUCCAGUUCGUGUUUGACGCUGUAACCGACGUGAUCAUCAAGAAGAACCUCGUCGAUUGUGGCCUCUUCUAG